GGAGGAGGGUGUGUCUUUCUAUCACUGCAGCAUCAGCACAGCACAGAGGUGCACACAAUCGCACCGUGCGGCCGAGACGAGGCGAGGCGAGGCGAGGCAGCAACAGAUCCGGUUGAGGACUCGUGAGAGCAAAGGAGCGUCGGUGUGGAGAGAGAAGACCAGCGGGAGGCUACGAGGAGUGCAAAGACCAGCCAAACGACGAGGCCUACAGUUGUGUGUGCGUGUGUGUCUGCUGACUUGGAUGGGACAGUGAGCAAUGGCUCUCGUGCAGCGACAGCAGGUUGGCAGUAGGAGGCUGUCCUCAGGCCUCCUCCCCAUCUUCCUCUUCCUCCUCUCCCUCGCAGUCCAGCCCAGCCACGCAACCAUACACAUUCCCUCCAACUACCACAUAAGUGACCUCAAGAGGCCUCCUGUUAUCAUCACACAGCCGGAGUCUGUCACCGUCUUCAGCAUUGAAGACCUCGUCAUGACCUGCGAAGCCUCCGGCAACCCUACGCCCAUUUUCCGGUGGAUGAAGGACGGAGAGGAGUUCGACCCAGGCACCGACCCAGAGCUGAAGGUGACUGAGCGCUCCGGCUCAUUCGCCUUCUACACCCUCAGCAACACAGUGGACUCCCUGAAGCAGUACCAGGGCAAAUAUGUGUGCUACGCAUCCAACGAGCUCGGCACAGCCGUCUCCAGUGAGGCCACACUCAACAUUGAUGCCCCACCGUCCCAGCAGAAAGAGAAAAAAGUACAUGUGAAGUCUGAAGAGGGAAGCAGUAUUGUUCUGAAGUGCAACCCCCCUCAGAGCUCCAUGGAGCCCAUCAUUCACUGGAUGGACUGGAAGCUCCACCACAUCCAACUGAAUGAGCGGGUGGUUGUGGGCAAGGAUGGUAACCUGUACUUUGCCAACCUGAAAACCACGGACAGCAGGGAUGACUACACCUGCAAUGUUCAGUAUCUCGCAACUCGCACCAUUCUGGCAAAGGAACCUGUCAUUCUGACGGUCAAACCCUCCAACUCCGUGCAGUGGAACAGGAGGCCCCACAUGAUGAGACCUACUGGAAGCCACAGCACUUACCAUGCACUCAGGGGUCAGACCAUAGAGCUCGAGUGCAUUGUCCAAGGCUAUCCAACUCCCAAGGUUUUGUGGGUUAGGAAGGACGGUGAGCUGUCCGAAUUGCGGACUGCCAAAGAAAUGUUUGACCGCCGUCUGCGCUUCACCAAUAUCUCAGAGAGCGACGCCGGCGAGUAUCAGUGUCUUGCGGAGAAUUCCCAAGGGAAGACCACACACACGUACACUGUGGCAGUGGAAGCUGCUCCCUACUGGACCAAAGAGCCGGUCAGUAUGUUGUACGCUCCCGGUGAGAAUGUCCGACUCGACUGUCAGGCGGACGGCAUCCCGUCUCCGACCAUCAUUUGGACCAUCAAUGGGAUCCCCCUCUCAUCGACCGACAAGGACGCAAAACGCACUUUGACAGACGGCGGCUCUCUCAUCCUAAAGGAUGUCAAUUUUGGAGACACGGCCAUCUACCAAUGCAAGGCCUCCAACAAGCACGGAGCCAUCCUUUCAAACACCAACGUUUAUGUCAUCAAGCUGCCUCCUCAGAUCCUUACCGAGGAUGGUAACACUUACACAGUUACUGAAGGCCAGAAGGUUUUGCUAGAAUGUGACAGCUUUGGCUCUCCGAAACCAAAAGUCACAUGGCACAGUGGUAGUGCCUCCUCCCUUCUGGCUGAUUCCAGAAUUAACCCUCUCACCACCGGGGGUCUGGAAAUUUUCAGUGUCACACAUGAUGAUGAGGGCUUCUAUACGUGCUCUGUGCCAAACACUAAUUUGUCCAUCAGUGCAAAGCUGGAGGUGCUUAACAGAACAGUGAUCCUGUCACCUCCACAAGCUCUGAAGGUGCAGCCUGGACAGACAGGCAGCUUCACCUGUCUUUCUCUCGUGGACCCCAAACUGGCCUCUCCACUUAUUCAGUGGAGAAAGAACGACCACAAGCUCUUUGCGUCUGGCAGCGAUCUGAAAUACACAUUUGAAGGACCGGACUUGACUAUUUCUAAUAUACAACCUGAAGAUGAAGGAAACUACACGUGUCAGAUCAUCACUAGUCUGGACAUGGCCGAAGCAACUGGCACACUCACUCUUCAUGAUCGUCCGGACCCUCCUACUCUUCCGCAGCUUACACACCCUAAAAGGCGCUCAGUCACCCUCAGUUGGACUCCUGGAGAUGAACACAACAGCCCUGUGAUAGAGUAUGUGAUUGAGUUUGAGGAUCAGGUUUCAAAUGAGCGAGGUUGGGAAGAGUUGAGCAGAGUAUCAGGGAACAACAACCGUGCCAUUCUCUCUCUAUGGCCGUUCAUGUCGUACCGUUUCCGUGUCAUUGCCAUCAACGAGGUGGGCAAGAGUGCGCCUAGCAAGCCGUCUGAAAUCCACAACACAGCUGCUGAAGCACCAGACAAUAACCCUGAAGAUGUCAGAAGCGAGUCCACUGACCCAGAUACGCUCGUCAUCGCCUGGGAGGAAAUUGACAAACGGGACUUUAAUGGACCUGAUUUCAAGUACCGUGUCCUGUGGAGGCGAGUGGUGGGCAGCGGGCCCGACUGGCACCACAACUACACAACGGCGCCACCAUUUCUUGUCAGUAAGAUCGGCAACUUUUCUGCGUUCGAGAUCAAAGUGCAGGGUGUCAAUGAGAAGGGGGAGGGACCUGAGCCGGACCCUGUUAUUGGCUACUCAGGCGAGAAUUUUCCACUGGAGGCCCCCAUGGGUGUGGGAAUUGUCAUACUAAACAGCACUGCCAUUGGGGUGACCUGGGCUGGAAUAGAAAGAGAGACCGUCAGAGGACACCUGCUAGGCUACAAGAUUCACUUGACUAGGUUUGGCCCCCGGGGUCACCACGGACCUCAAAGGCCCAGGGAGCCAACGACCACUGUUGUAGUAGAGACUGGGGCCAAUGAGGAGAGGAAGGUGAUUGGCGAUCUCCGACCGUACUCCCACUACACCUUGACUGUCAGCGUGUUCAACAGCAAAGGAGACGGGCCGCCAUCGGAGAUGCUCUCCUUCGAGACAGAUGAGGGAGUUCCUCAUCCUCCAACAUCCCUGGUGCUAGACAGUUCAUCUGAGACAGAAAUGAUGCUGCGCUGGACACCGCCAAGCCAGCCCAAUGGGAUUCUUAUAGGGUACCUCUUGCAGUACCAACAACUUGUAGAGAGUGAUGACAGCCCCAUGCAAGUGGAGAAAAUAGAUGAUCCCGCAAUCAGUCACCUAACUCUGAAGGGCCUGGAUCGUAAUAGCCACUACCGCUUCUACCUGAGGGGGCGGACUGCCACGGGAGACGGAGAACCUAUCAUGAGGGAAGGUGCCACCACUCUGGAUGGAGUGCCUCCUGUCAACAUCAGCGUGUCUCCUGGAGAGAACUUUGUUAAUAUUAGCUGGGUGGCCAAGAAGAGGCAUAGGAAUGUUAGAUUCCAGAUCCGAUAUCUCAAGAAGAAUGAUGCUGAUAAAUGGAAGAAGACGGAGAAGUUGGAUUCCUCCCAGUCAUUCUACCAGCUUCAGGGCCUAAGACCUGGUUCUCAUUACCAUCUGCACUUCACCUACAGCAACGUCACCUUCUUUCAGACUGAGAUUGACACAGUGGGAACAGGAGUGACUGAGGUCCAGCCCAGCAUUGCGACCCAGGGCUGGUUCAUUGGCCUGGUGAGCGCCAUUGUGCUCCUGCUGCUCAUACUGCUCAUCAUUUGCUUUGUCCGGAGGAACAAAGGGGGGAAGUAUUCAGUGAAAGACAAAGAGGAAGGCCCUAUGGACUCCGAAGCCCGGCCAAUGAAGGACGAGACCUUUGGAGAGUACAGAUCUCUUGAAAGCGAUCUGGAGGACAAGCGCACCGCCAGCCAGCCAUCAUUGUGUGAGGAGAGCAAGCUGUGUAGCGAGGACAACCUGGACUUCAACGGCAGCAGCGUGUUGACCACCGAGAUCAACCUGGAUGAGUCGCUGGCCAGCCAGUUCAGUCGGCCCAGCGAGGGGCCAGAGGUGCCAGAUAACUCCCUGCUUAACCCCACCACCAUUUCUUCUGCCGCUAAUGGUCUGCCCAACCAAGUCACUAUCCUCGAUUAACCGCCAUGCAUCCGUGUUGGACCGUCAGACCAAAACAUGUCAACACAUAUGUGCCCGUACGCUUCUGUUCCCUGAUGAGUAGUUUGAUGACUAAGACACAAUCAAUGUAUUGACAAUUCAGAUGCUGGUGGUGUCAUCUGAUGGACUGGACUGUUUUGACCAAAGGAGAGUCCAAAGUAGUGGACAACGUGACAUAAAUCGGACUAACCCUGACAUGGAGAAAUCCUUUAACUCUCCCAGAUCCUUUAUUAUGUGUUAUUAUGUGUUAUCCACAAACGUAAAUGAUUCACUUUCAUUCAUCUUCUCUUUAUUUCUUGCCUCAAAACCUCUUUAAAAAAAUCGAAAAAAAGAAUGAUGUGCAGUAGAAAUGUUCUAAGGAGGCUGCAUAUUAGAGCAGCUGCAGACUGAAAGUGAAGCAUAAUGGGACACAGCUGCUGUGCCCCAUCAUCAUAAUUUAUCACGUUUUCUUAAACCAUUUCACACAAUGUAAGUGCCAGUGAAUUUUUUUUUACAUCUCUAUGAUCUAAUCCCGGCCGGCACGGUGGACGACUGGUUAGCACAUCUGCCUCACAUUUCUGGGGACCCCCCCCCCCCCUGUGUGGAGUUUGCAUGUUCUCCCCGUGCCUGUGUGGGUUUUCUCCGGGCACUCCGGUUUCCUCCCACAUCCUAAAAACAUGCGUGGUAGGUUGAUUGAAGACUAUAAAUUGCCCGUAGGUGUGAAUGUGAGUGCGAAUGGUUGUUUGUUUCUAUGUCCCCUGCGAUUGGCUGGCGACCGGUUCAGGGUGUACCCCGCCUCCUGCCCGAAGAUAGUUGGGACAGGCUCCAGCAACCCGCGACCCUAGUGAGGAGAAGCGGUAAAGAAAAUGGAUGGAUGGAUGGAUGAGCUAAUCCCGUUUUCAUAUUUCAACACUAAAUCCAUACAUAUAUAUGUACGUGUGUGUGUAUAUAUAUACUGUGUGUAUAUACAGUAUAUAAACAAAGUACAGUAUAUACACAGAGAUAUGUACAACCCCAAUUCCAAUGAAGUUGGGACGUUGUCUUAAACAUAAAUAAAAACAGAAUACAAUGAUUUGCAAAUCAUGUUCAACCUAUAUUUAAUUGAACUACAAAGACAAGAUAUUCAAACUGAUAAACUUGAUUGUUUUUAGCAAAUAAUCAUUAACUUAGAAUUUUAUGGCUGCAACAUGUUCCAAAAAAGCUGGGACAGGUGCAAAAAAAGACAGUUGAGGAAUGCUCAUCAAACACUUGUUUGGAACAUCCCACAGGUGAACAGGCUAAUUGGGAACAGGUGGGUGCCAUGAUUGGGUAUAAAUGGAGCUUCCCUGAAGUGCUCAGUCAUUCACAAGCAAAGAUGAGGCGAGGUUCACCUCCUUGUGAACAAGUGCGUGAGAAAAUAGUUGAACAGUUGAAGGACAAUGUUCCUCAACAGACAAUUCUAAGGAAUUUAGGGAUUUCAUCAUCUACGGUCCAUAAUAUCAUCAAAAGGUUCAAAGAAUCUGGAGAAAUCACUUUGGUCUUUGGUCCGACGAGUCCACAUUUCAGAUUGUUUUUGGAAAUUGUGGACGUCGUGUCCGCCGGGCCAAAGAGGAAAAGAACCAUCCGGACUGUUAUGGAGGUAAAGUUCAAAAGCCAGCAUCUGUGAUGGUAUGGGGCUGUGUUAGUGCCAAUGGCAUGGGUAACUUACACAUCUGUGAAGGCACCAUUAAUGCUGAAAGCUACAUACAGGUUUUGGAGAAGCAUAUGCUGCCAUCCAAGCAACGUCUUUUUCAUGGACGCCCAUGCUUAUUGCCAAUGCCAAACCACAUUCUGCAUGUGUUACAACAGCAUGGCUUCGUAGUAAAAGAGUGUGGGUACUAGACUGGCCUGUUUCCAGACCUGUCUCCCAUUGAAAAUGUGUGGCGCAUUAUGAAGCGUAAAAUACGACAAUGGAGACCCCGGACUGUUGAACGGCUGAAGCUGUUAGUGUCCUCAGUUCCCAAACGUUUAUUGAAUCAGUUGUUCAAAGAAAAGGUGAUGUAUCACAGUUCAGUAAACAGUAAAAUUCUAAGUUCAUGAUUAUUUACUCAAAACAAUAAAGUUUAUCAGUUUGAACAUUAAAUAUCUUGUCUUUGUAGUGUAUUCAAUUAAAUAUAGGUUGAACAUGAUUUGCAAAUCAUUGUAUUCUGUUUUUAUUUAUGUUUAACACAACGUCCCAACUUCAUUGGAUUUGAGAUCUUUUGACCGAGAGAACUGAAGCCAGGUUUCAUGCCAUAACUAACACUGAAUGCAUUAAGAGGAACUUGCUGUGAAAAUGCUGAGUAGCAUCUGGUGUACAUAUUUGCAUCUACAUGUAUCUAUUUAGCCAUAUUACAGUAUUAUAGCUCCUGGUCCUUACAAGUUCCUGUGCCUGCUGGGUUUUGCAUAGAGCACCAGAUUGAUGUCAUUACUCCAUCAUUAAGUGUAAUGUUAUGAUUGGAGAUGAUAUUCUAAGUUUUGUGUCAAGACCUACAUUUUGCUUUUUUGUAUCUUGUCCUUGUCUCUUUCUACACUGUCACACUCCACAUUUUGUUUGAGGAGCAGUGGCCUACUUGCAGAUUAAAGGGUGGAGUCUUGUGGGUAAACACCAGACGCUCAUUAAUGCAGUUGAAUAUUGCAGAAACCUGAAAUGAUUGGCAGUCUGCAUAUAAUCAAGGCAAAUACUUGGUAUUUACAUUAAAUCCAGAGAAUGUAUUCUUUUUAGUGCUGACAUUAUUACAUUUCAGUCCAUAAACUAUUCAUACCCGGACAACAUUUUGAGUAAAAGUGUUAUAUAAUUUGGUGAACGUUUAGAUAGAUGACACACUUCAAAUGUCCAAAAACUCUUAAGAUGCUGUGGUAGAGAUAUUAAUUCAAAAUCAAUAUUUGGUAUUUCUAAAAAGUCCCAAUACUUACUGUAAUUUUCCCUCUAUAGGCAUACUAAGUGUUCUAAAUUCAUAGUAUAAUUACUAUUUUUCUAAACCUGGGAUAGGAUCCAGCACGCCCGCGACCCUAGUGAGGAUAAGCGGUACAGAAAAUGGAUGGAUGGAUAAAAAAAAAUCCACAGCCAUUCAAAAAAGAAAAAAAAAGCGCUUUAAUCCAAAAUUUGUCCAGGGCAUGAAUAACCUUGGGUUUACCUUUACACGCAACAGAUUGCAACAUCCCAGCUAUACCGGGUACAGGAGAGUGUAUUGGAGUCAAUGAAUCGAGUAGGACCUUUUUCCUCACUACACAAAUGUAAAUACACCCCUUAAAAGAUUGCUAUGAUGAACCCCACCAUGAACGCUUUAAAAAUGUGUAGGUUUAAAAUGUCUGAGCAUCAUCUUAAAGCAAGCUGACACUUUUAUUCUUUGUAAUGUUGCUUUUGUUAUGGGCAUAUUAUUGCAGUAAAAUUUGGCUGUUUAGCAAAUUAAAAGAAGGUAAAAUAAAAAUGAAAAAGGUAAAAGCAUUUUGUCUGUAAAUGUCAAUUUUUAUACAAAAUUGUAAAUUUUAUGUCUGUUAAUAUUUACAUUCCAAUGAAUGUUUCAUAGCAACUAGCAAUGCACUGCAUUGAACUCUUUUUUUUUUUUUUUUUGGUCUGAUGCAGCCAUGAAAAGUAGGAUGCAACACCACAGGGAGCAUGUACAGCUGAUGCCUCUCUAGUCAUAUAAAAGCUGACCAUGAGACAAGUGUCACAUCACCGUGCCAGCUGUAAAAGACAUCGGAUGUCUGACAAGGCAAGGGGCACCGAUAAGGCAUCUCCUUGUUGUUGGUUAGUUUAAACGCACGCACUCACGCAGGCGCACACACAAACACACACGCACGCACGCACACAAACACACACACAUUCAGGAGACAUAAGGAAAUGUAUUUUCAUGUAGGGACGUAUAUACAAAAUAAGCCCAUAUUCUAUUUGCUGCUAAACAUCUGUGCUUGUUGUCUCUAUUCUGACAAAUGUUAGCUUUGAAUGAGGCCUAAGCUUGCAUGUGCGCGCACACACACAGACACACACACACACACACACACAAGUUCAUUGAACUGCCACUUCUACUGCUUUUUGUGUCAAAGGGGAGGGCCGUUGUUCUUUGGUUGAGCCUCCCCCCUCCUUUUUUAUAGUUAUAAAAACAAUAAAAUAUUUGUUUGCAAAGGUCAAAAGCAUUUUCGGAAUGAGUAAUGACCGAGUGGGUGGGCUGAGGGGAUUCAGGGAGUGUAUUUCACUGCCGGUUUAUAAAUGUACCUCAUUGUGGGUACAUGGCCAACACAACCUGGCACAACUUGGAACUGGGUGUCCCACAUCCAAUUCUCUAUUGGGCCAAUAUAAAUGUAAUUGCAUCAUCAAUCUUCCAAUGUAACUGGAUAUAUGACGACCGGACAAUAAAGUAUGUGGAAGAAUC